GAGUUCAGGUUGGUGGGAGGAGCCAGUCGCUGUGCAGGAAGUCUGGAGCUUAAAGUUCUUGGUGAACAGAGACCUGUGGAGUACGAUGACUUCACCAUGAAGAGAGCAGCUCUCAUCUGUGAACAUCUGAACUGUGGCUCUGUUGUUUCUGUACAACCAACUGAUGUGUCUGUUCAAUCUAUGUGGGGAAUCCACUCAGGAUGUUUUCAAUCUGGAUCUGAUCUGUUGAACUGUGUGAAAUCAUGGAGCUCCUCUCGCAUCCUGAAUCUCACCUGCUCAGACCUGCUGCUCCAUCCAGUCCUCUCCGUGUCCUCCUCCUCCUCCAUCCUCGGGGUCUCUGAGGCCCAGCAGCAGGGGCUCCAGGUGGUCUGGGGCUCCACUUUCACCAUCAGCUGCUCCAUCCAGCCACAGUACCCAGGAGGCUCCUUCCAGCUCACCUUCACCUCCUCCAACACCUCCUACAAGUCCACCCAGCCGGCUGUCAAUCACUCUGCACACUUCCUGUUUCCUGCCGCAGAGCCCGCCCACCGGGGAAACUACAGCUGUGUUUAUCACCUCCAUGUUUUUGGACACGACUUCUGGUCAGAGAGCCGCCUGCUGUCUCUGUCUGUGUCCGGUAAGAAGAAGCUGACUCCUCCUUUACUCCACCCUUCCAGAGAACAUGUGUGGGUUUUCCCCCCUUUAGAGGUCCAGCAGGCAGGUCCCACUGGGAGGAGGCCCCGGGGGGGUCCAGGACUCUCUGGGUUGGUCUGGGAGAGACUUGGAGUCCAGCCAGAAGAGCUGGAGGAAGAUGGAAGGGACAGACAUGUCUGGAGGGGUUUGGUCUCUGUAGCGCCACCCAGACCUGAUCCAGACCAAGAGGGAGCCCAGAUGGAGGACUCUGAUGGUCUCACUCCCAGCAGUCCUCAGACAGACGCUGAUUGUUCUCUGUGUGUUCAGAUCCAACAGCUGUGGUGGUCAGAUGGGUGGUGGUGCCGCUGUCUCUGCUGCUGCUGCAGGGGGCGCUGUGGCUGUACUAUAAGGCCAGCAGGGGGCAGACCGGCAGACCGGGCGGACUCUGAGCGGAGUGCAGUGGAGGGAUGAAGUCGGUCCUCUGAACCUUCCUGCUGUGGAGACCAGAUGGUUUAUAUGAGCUUCUUACAGCAAUGAUGAAUCUCAUCAGGUUCCCACAGACAGUGGAACAAGGUUCCUUUUCCUUUUGUGGACCCUGGUGGAAAAAGAGCCUUGUUUAGUCGUAUACUGGACCACGGUGGAUCUCCUUUUUUAAUCUCCUUUUUACUCCUUUUUCAUUGAUACGAUUUCAGUCGUAUCAUGGAUGCUCAUUUCAUCAUAUAUUAUCAUCUGCUCCCUCAGGCUGACUGUGUUUAACUGACCAAAUAUUUUUGUGAUUGUAAUCCAACUGAUUAGCUUGUUCUGCACCGAGGUGAGGCAGGAUGUGGUUUGCAGCAGGUGUGGAACCGUAUGGAACCGGACCGGUUUGUAUUUGGUCCUGAGUGGUUCCAUCUGGGCCUGAAGAACUCAUGUGGAUCUCACUGCCUGCAUGUUUUGUUUUUCUCCUCUCUUCCUUAUUAUUAUUAUGAUAUUUUUUUUUUUUUUUUUUUUUUUUUAGAACUGAGGCUGCAGCUGGUUUCCUUGGUAACGAAGCAGCAUCAGAGGACAGGUCCAUGUCACUGGAGCGUAUAAGUAGACCCUGUUUCCCAGUGGGUGGCGCUCUCACUCUCACUCAGAGCUGUUUGGAUGAUACGCUGUCAGUUUUCCUUUUCUGAAUUAUCAGAGAAAAGAUGGAACCCUGACCUGAGAUCUGGAGAGAGGUGACCUCCGAGGUUGAUGUUACCCAGAUACCAAAUUUAGACUAAAAACAGAUUAAUAUGAGCAGCAGAAUCUAAAAACUGCUCACCUAAAGUGACCACAUUAAAAUAAUACAUGCCUGAAAUUUGAGACGUAACAGAACCAACGCAAAAUCAGUUCUCUUUGAUUUCUUCAUUUUUUGGAAUUUUACUUUUUUUUUAUCAAUUUUGAAUUAUAACCUGUAAUCCUUUGAGUGAAUAAAAAUCUGGUGAACAUUUCAAAUCUCUGGUGGAGUGGAGUUAUUUCUGUGAGUGAGACCAAAGAAGGAACUUGGAAUCAGGUUGAGAGACGUUUCUUGGCCCCUGAGAGGGAAGCCUCCAGGAGAAGCUGCAGUCCGGCACAGCACCAGACCCGGCUCACCCAGCCAGUCCGGAACGCUCACUCUGGUUUUCUACC